UGCACGGAGAAUAAAUGAAUAAAGGCAAAAAGUAAACAUGUCGGUUUUGUCUAACAGUUAUUAGUAACACUAAUGUGUCUCUUUCUGGAAGAUAUAAUCCGCUUUAUAGUGUGACUGUUAGCCAUGAGAACCCUCGUGCUGGACAAUGGUGCUUAUACAGCUAAGAUUGGCUACAGCCAUGAGAAAGUCAGUGUUAUUCCUAACUGUCAGUUCCGAUCCAAGUCUCUGAGGCUAAAAACCUUCACAGCAAAUCAACUGGAUGAAAUCAAAGACCCUUCUGGGCUCUUUUAUAUUCUUCCGUUUCAAAAGGGUUAUCUCGUAAACUGGGAUGUGCAACGGAAAGUGUGGGAUCAGUUGUUUGGAAAAGAAAUGUUCAAGGUGGACUUUGCUGAUACCAACAUUAUUAUAACUGAGCCGUACUUCAACUUCGCCUCGAUUCAGGAAUCCAUGAAUGAAAUUUUGUUUGAGGAGUACCAGUUUCAAUCAGUUCUCCGAGUCAAUGCUGGAUCUUUGAGUGCGCACAAACACUUCAAUGAGUACAGUUCGGAGUUGUGUUGCAUCGUAGUGGAUAGUGGCUUCUCCUUCACACACAUUGCCCCUUAUUGUAGAGGAAGGAAGAUGAAGGAUGGCAUAUGCAGAAUAAAUGUAGGUGGAAAACUACUCACCAACCACUUAAAAGAGAUCAUUUCCUACAGGCAGUUACAUGUGAUGGAUGAGACAUAUGUGAUUAAUCAAGUGAAGGAAGACGUGUGCUAUGUCUCACAGGACUUUUACAAAGACAUGCAGAUUGCUCAGUUGAAAGGAGAGGAAAAUCUGGUAAUGAGAGACUAUGUGCUACCUGAUUUUAGUUCCAUCAAAAAGGGCUUCUGUAAGCCUCGAGAAGAAAUGAAUUUCACAGGGAAGUAUAAAACUGGAGAGCAGAUGCUGCGCCUCACAAACGAGAGAUUUGCUGUUCCAGAGAUGCUUUUCCACCCAUCAGAUAUCGGCAUCCAGGAAAUGGGCAUACCAGAAGCAAUAGUCCACUCCAUCAGCAAAAUGCCAGAAGAAAUGCAACCUCACUUCUUCAAGAACAUUGUCCUAACGGGUGGCAACACCUUGUUCUCAGGCUUCAGAGAUCGGGUGUACAAAGAAGUUCGCGCACUCGCACCUAGCGAAUUUGAUGUUUCUGUAAUACAGCCACAAAAUCCAAUCUGCUAUCCUUGGACAGGAGGAAAGCUACUAGCAGAAAACCCAGACUUUGAGGACAUGGUGGUAACACGGGAGGAUUAUGAAGAAAAUGGACAUUAUGUAUGUGAGGAGAAGUUUGACAUUUAAUCUGGGAAAAGCAAUUAUUUAUCCUCCAUGUGUUUUUUCAUAUGCCAUGUCAUCUCAUUUUUUUUGUGUAUUGUAAUUAUUUUUACAUCAUUUUU